ACUUGUUAUUGUAGGGUCUAUGGUCAGCUGUUUAUAAUCAAAUCAAAAAAUUUCAAAUCACAACAAAGCAUAAAUUUAUGCUGUGGCAAAAUGAAUGGUCCUCAUUGGGGAGAAGUAACACAUGUAUCUCCAGAAACAACCCCAAAUGUCAGUGCGGAUAUCGAAAAGGCUAUGGAUAAAUUUUCUUUAUCAGAAUUUGAUUCCAGUGAAGGAGGUGAACUCGCAGCUGAACACUCUAUUGUCUUGAUACCUCAAGAUCCCCUGGUGACAUAUGCAAUAUCCCUUCAUAAGCAUAUGACCUACAUGACAGAAAUUAUUCGUUUGGCCGAACUUGCAAUUGAGAGUAAUGUCAGACCAUCUGAAGAUGCUGCACCUCCAGUACCAACUCUUCCGAAAGUUGAUCUGAAACAUCGAUUUAAUUGCCUCAACUUUAUACCAAAGGAGGAAACUGAUUUUACUCAAGGUAAAGAAGUGGAAGUACCCGUUCUUAGUGAAACUAUAGUUAGAAAAGUAUUGAGAAGAAGUAUUUGCACAUUAUUUGCUCACCUAGGAUAUGAAUCUUCCCACGAAAGUGUAAUAGAUAUUCUAGUAGAUGUUUUGAAAGAGUUCUAUAGAAUAUUUUGUUCAAGAAUAGAGAAUGCCAUUCAUGAUGAAAAGGAGAACUGUUCAUCUGGAUUUCCUCAUGCCAUUGAAAGAGUUUUGGUGGAAUUAGGAAUGGGAGGUGUUAAAGGACUCCACGAUUAUUAUCGCUCCAGAGUUAUAAAGUAUGUUAAUGUAUUAAGAGGUAGAUGUCGGGAGUUGAAUGAGUAUUACAAUCAACUGCUAGCUGAGAAAAGUCCAUCACCUGAUGUAGAUGUUGGAAAGAUGAUGAGCAUUGAAAUUAAAAAAGAAGAAAUUGAAGAAAAUCCUGAAGUUCAUUUGCUAGAUGGAGAAAUUGAAUUAUCAUCACUAGAAACUGGCUUUCAAUUGUUAAAUAGUCUUGAAGAAGCUAAUCUGCAAAAUUUGAUGGAGGGAGAUGAUUUACUAACCACUGAAUCACCUGGGAACAUUCCUUCAGAGGCCGAGUAUUCACCUCUGGCCAAAAGAAAUAAGAAAUAGCCUCUACAUUCUCAUUGCAAGUUG